UGGGCUUGCUGCUGCGGGGCCACAAGUGUCCCCUCCCACUCAGAACACCCCAAAAGCUGCUGGAGGGGACCCCAAAAAAUAUGAGGUGGAUCUCAAAGAUCAGAAGGGGGGGGCACCCUAAAGGUCACGGAUGGGGACACCCCAGAGUCAGCUUGGGCAAACCUCCUGCCUCUAACUGUACCCUGAUUCUGGGCUGGUGCCCAGAGGUGGCAGUGGUGGCCCCGGCAUAGAGUGCAGGGACAAUGUCCUGUACCUUAGGGUCCCACCUUGCUAUCCCUUGCCCCACAGAGACCCCCCCCCCGAUCCCCAGAGCAGAGGCAGGACGCAGGAUGGAGGGUGCCGUGGGUCACCGGGCUCUGAUGGUCCUGCUGCUGUGUGUCCCUGUCCUUGGAAUGGUGGCAGCACGGGAUGAUGGCCAGGACAAGUUUCGUGGCCAUGCCACCAGCGAUGACCUGCUCUCACGGCUGGGUCGAGCCACCUGGGAGACACUGGAGAGCUGGAUGGGCUCUCAACCCCUGCAUCUGGUGGCUGAGAGCCUCUCUGCCACCUUCUGGAUCGUGUCCUCGGGCAUCUCGGUGGCCCUGACCAUGCUCUGCGGCAUCCUGGGUGACCUGCUGGCUGCCACCGGUUUCACCGGGGACCGGCUGGUGCGGACGGCGGCGCUGGGUCCUAGCGAGGUGCAGCGGGUGCUGGUCUGGGCUCUGGUGGCCCUGGUGGGUUCCUGGCUGCUGUCAUGGCUGCGGGGGCUGGUGUUGCCCACCCUCCGCUGGGUGAAGAUCUUCUGCUUCUUGGGGGCUUUCCUGAACGUGGCAGCUUCCCAGGAGACCCCCACGGCCAAAGCGGGGAUGUUGUUGGGGCUCUGGGUGCUCUACACCCUACUGGGGAAGCUGGGGGGACCCUCCAGUUCCAGCAGCCACCUGGACAAGGCUGUGCGCAGCCUGGAGUGGAAGGUGGAGGAGCUGCAACGGAGGCAGACCUGGGGGGGACCCCGUAACCGUGAGGAGUGACACCCCCCUCCCCAAAAGAAGGGACAGCCCCAGCGUACCCCAUUUAUCAUGUGUCCCACUCCCCCUACCCCAAGCAUGCAUCCUCUCUGCUCUGCCCACCCCACCCCAGUUCUCCCAGUGGGGUUCUGUUCUCCCACCAGUGCCCUCCACAUCCUAUGGUGUCCCACACCUUGCUGGUAGUGCCCCUCCCACCCCCCCCCGAAUUUGGGACACAGGUGCCACAGUGCCUUCGCCCAACCAAAAGUGCCUUUACUAUGCAGGUGUGGUGGUGGUCGUGUCCUCGGGUGGUCCUCUGCCCCCAGCCCCAAAUCCAACCUUCCAUGCAGUCUGGGGGACACAGAAAGAGUGUCCCCAGUGUCCCCAACCCCACUACCCCUCAGCCUGCUGGUCUUGUGCCCCUGGCACACAGAGGGAUGCCCAGAUCUCCUGCCAGGGAAUGUCCCCAGCACAAAAAGGAGGGGGGAGGGCUGCCAACAACUCUGCUAUAGCACAGGGAAGUGUGUGUGUGUGGGGGUCACAACUUCUUACCCCCACCCAGGGCUCCCCCAGCCCUCUGGUGGUUUUCUGCUGCUUUUUUGAUAAAUGGAUCUGAAUAAAAACGGUUUGGACCCAGA